AGAAGUUGUGGCAGUAAACAUACAGCAUUGAACGGUAAAAUUGCGAAGCACCUUCGCACGUACCAGUACGGGAUUUAUUUUUAAUUUGACAUUCUAUGGAAAACUGCUGGUUUUUCAAAACGUUUUGUGUUGCAGUGUUAGUGGAAAAACACGUGCCGCGUGACAUUUCGUGUACAUCCUAAACCAUAGCCGAUGCUGGGGGUGUCAAAUCUGCCCUGUUAACCAGUAGUUGGCUGGAAACGCAUUACUGACACACAUUCCAAAUCUUCCGUGGAGUGUGUACGUACGCACAGGAAUUGUGAAACAUUUAGUUUUAGAAGUGGAACAGCACGUGAGCAACCGUAUCUCAGACAGAACAACCCGCGGUUCUAGGAAAUCAAUGUUAUUGAUGUAAGAAGUGUUUUACAGCUGCUCAAACCAACGUUGCUGAUAACAUCGUAAAUUGCUAUUGUUGCACUCAAGUACCACGCUACGACUCGAAUCGGAUGCUAGACGCAUCCAGUCUGGACGGAAGAAUUCACUUCUUCCGCACUGAUCGCAGCUCCUCUCGGCGGCAGACCACGUACAGUUCCGAACAUCCGUUUAAGCCUACGGCAACCCGAAAAUUUUGAUAACAUCUUAUCGAAGCGCGUUCCACGUGAAAUCAGAUUCGGCCGAACCCUAUAGCCUGUGUUUUCCCUAGCUGAAUACACACGCUGUCAACGCUGACGCUCUGUUGGCGUAGAAAAGAGCUGUUGACUAGGGGCAAAUGUACGCAUGCGGCCAGCGCAGUCGGGUGUAGGGUGCCUCACACAUUGAGCGAAAAAAAAUCGGCACAUUCCAAUCGAUACCUGGGUUGACAUAGCUACGCGGGUAACCCUAGGCUAAUCAAUUUUGAAGUUGCAACACUUUAGAUUUAUUUACCAAGGGCUAGGUUUGAUACAAUCUUCGUCACUUAGAAGUCUUCCAGUUGCAUUCCGGACGCGUGUUGGAUAAUAGGAACUCUUCGUUCGCACGAGAUGAGUGACGGCGGUCGGUCAAAAGUGAUGGAGUUCUAUCGGGAUUCGACGGUGCUGAUAACCGGUGCCAGCGGCUUUGUCGGGCAGGUUCUGCUGGAGAAAAUUCUGCGCUGCUUGGAGGUACGGCGAGUGUAUGUUAUGAUUCGAUCCAAGCGAAAUUUAAACGCUGAGGAUAGGCUGGAGAAAAUGCUGAAAGGUCAGCUGUUCGACCGGAUACGGGACGACCCGCUGGUGUCCCGGGAGCUGAGAAGCAAAGUGGUACCGGUGGAGAUUAAGCUGGAAGGUGCCGAUGAGUUGAUCGUCGACGAUCUGAACAGCAAACUGCAGGAGCAAGUGGAAAUUGUGUUCAAUCUGUUGGCUUCGGUGAACUUCAAUGAACCGUUGGAUUGUGCGUUGAAAACUAACGUGGAAUACACGGAUCGGUUGCUGGGUUUGGUCAGUCGAAUGAAACGACUGAAAUCGGUCAUCCAUGUGUCGACAUUCUAUUCGAACUGUGACAAGAGUUUCAUCGAAGAGCGCAUCUACGAUGACAUAAGCUUCGGCGGUUACGCGAAUAUAAUGAACAUUGUUUCCAAGCUAAAUGACACGGAAAAGCAACUAUUGACAGAGCAUCUCAUCGGGGAUUUUCCGAAUACUUACACCUUCAGUAAGAAGUGUGCUGAAGUGCUGAUAUUAGAUAAGUUUAAAUCGUUGCCGAUUGGAAUAUUUCGUCCGCCCAUUGUGAGUUCAACGUACCGAGAACCGGUUCCUGGUUGGAUAGACAACUUCAAUGGGCCAUCCGGAAUGGUUGUUCCCCUUUCCGAAGGCCUCUACAGUGCAGCUUUGCUAGAUUCCAGAAAACGGCCGUUCAUUGUUCCGGUAGACUACUGUGUCAACGCUCUACUGUCCAGUGCGGUUGAUGUCCAGCGACGUCACAUGCGAGGGUCGGAAAUUCCAGUCUACAACUACACAGAUUCCAGCUGCAAUUUAACAUGGGGUGAAAUAGUAAAUCGAUUCUUCCAAGGACUCACUUUUGGAAAGCGCUUGUUGGCGACAUAUCUAACCGGAACGGUUACUCGCAAUCCACUACACUAUUCCAUGUGCAAGCAGAUUAUGCGUCUUCAGGCAUCGCUACUGGAUCUGCUGCGCAGAGCAAGCGGACGUAGUCCCGUUAUGGGGCCGAUAUUCGAGCGAAUGAUAACCUUGAGUGAACUGUUGCGGUUCUUCUGCGUCAACGAGUGGCAGAUGGAAAAUGGAAACGUCAAACAGAUGCUGGCAGAGGCUAGCGUACUCGAGGCGAGAGUGUUCCCAUUCGAUCUUUCCAAAGUGAACUGGGAUGAGUAUUACAGGAAUUUCGUUCCCGGGGUGGUCAAGUAUGCCGUGGAGCCUAGGAAAGCGAAAGACGCUGGCAGAACGAAGUUGGUCGUUAAUGAACGCAAGGGUGCACUCUUCCUGGUAUGGAGCUUCCUGUUUCGGAAUUUGAUUGUAGUUUUCAAGUUUAUUUUUGGAAGCUGGAAAAAAUAACUCGAAGAAGUGUUUCUUUGUGCGAACAUUUCACAUAGUGCUUCAAGGAUGUGCGUUUAAUAUACAAUUAAAUGCGCGAUCCACCUUUGAUACUCUCUAGUACUUUUCUGAUAAUUCUAGUAAUUUAAAAUAUACGGUUGUGGUUUGCAGCUUACAA